AUGGCGCGUCUCGAACGGGUUGAAGCACAACUGGGCUCUUUACAACUCUCUUCCGCCUUGAAUGGUAGCGGGAACUCAGACGGAACUCCACGGCAACCGUUUCAGAUACGCAACGUGAAGCUUGAUUUUCCCAUAUUCGACGGUACUGAGGUAUUGAACUGGAUCUUUAAAGUUGAACAGUUUUUUGAUUAUUACUCGACACCGGACAAUCAACGCCUUACCAUUGCGGCGGUGCAUCUUGACAAAGAUGUCGUACCUUGGUAUCAAAUGAUUACCCGUAACAACCCUUUCCGAUCUUGGGGUGCUUUCACACGUGCUUUGGAAUUGGAAUAUGGUCCUUCUCCUUACGAAUCUCCACGACCUACCCUUUUCAAAUUAACACAGACCUCAACGAUUAGUGAAUACUACUCCACCUUCACAACCCUUGCUAAUCGCUCCCAUGGCCUAUCACCUGAUGCAAUCUUGGAUUGUUUCAUUAGUGGGCUUAAGCCCAAGAUCCGUCGUGAUGUCAUAGCCCAAAACCCUACCUCUCUCUCUCUCUCUCACGCCCUGUCCUUAGCUAAAUUAUUUGCAGAAAAAUACACCCCCUUCACAAAACCCUACCCACAAACCACAAAGCCCAUUUACAAUCCUAGCCCACACUCUCUGACCCGACCCACCAACGCCAUUCUACCCACUCCAUCAACCCGACCCCAAACUCAAAAACCAAUUCCCAACCCUCGUCCCAUUCGCAGCAUCACCGCUGCUGAGAUUCAACUCAGGCGUAGCAAGGGCCAAUGCUUCUAUUGUGAUGACAAGUUCACACCCACCUAUCGUUGUCCAAAUAAACACUACCUCCUUCUCCAAAUUGAUGAUUCUGAUUCACCCGAGCAAGAAACAGAUCCGCCAGAUGCUGAUUCUUUACUUCAGAUACUUGAAACAGAGCACCAUCUCUCAUUUAAUGCCCUCAACGGUGCGCAUAGUGCAGGCACACUUUGUUUUCAAGGGCACAUUCAAGGAGUACAAGUCCAGGUUCUCCUUGAUAGUGAUAGCUCCGAUAAUUUUUUGCAGCCACGCAUACCUCAGUGUUUGAAAUUUCCAAUUCAACAAGCUCCUCAAUUUCAAGUUCUUGUGGGAAAUGGUAGCACAUUGACGGCUUCGGGAUUGAUUCAGGACUUACCAGUCAUGAUACAGGGUCACAAUCUCCACCUUCCAGUGUAUUUACUUCCUAUUACUGGUGAUGAUUUGGUACUAGGAGCACCAUGGCUCAAGACUCUAGGUCCUCACAUUGCAGACUAUGAUGCGUUAUUGAUUAAAUUCUACUGCAACAACAAAUUCAUCACUCUUCGAGGAGAGCAAUUCAUGGAACCGAGUCAGUCUCAAUUUCAUCAUAUCCGUCGUCUCCAUAACACACAUUCUAUUGAUUCAUCGUAUACUCUGCAAUUCCACUCUAUAGCACCAUCAUCAUCAGUAGCUACUCUUGAUAAAUUACCAGACGAUUUAGCUACCUUGUUGCACCGUUAUUGGAAGGUUUUUGAGGAACCUAAUCAUUUACCUCCACCAAGGGGUAUUAUUCAACCUAGUACUAUCCCGUUUUCAUCCCCGGUUUUGCUGGUUAAAAAGAAAGAUGGAUCAAGGCGAUUUUGCACUGAUUAUCGUGCAUUAAACGCGAUUACAGUCAAAGAUAGCUUUCCAAUACCAACGGUUGAUGAGUUGUUGGACGAACUGUUUGGAGCUGCUUAUUUUUCUAAAUUAGAUUUGAGAGCAGGCUACCAUCAAAUCUUAGUUAAUCCUGAGGAUCGUCAUAAGACUACUUUUCGUACACAUCAAGGGCUGUAUGAGUGGCUUGUCAUGCCGUUCGGGUUAUCCAAUGCACCAGCUUCGUUCCAAAGUCUUAUGAAUUCUGUUUUUCGAGACCAAUUACGCAAGUUUGUGUUAGUCUUCUUUGAUGAUAUACUGGUGUACAGCCCCUCUUGGUCUGCACACCUUGAACACUUGGAGGUUGUAUUAAGGUUGCUAGAACAACAUGAGCUAUUUGCCAAGCUUUCCAAAUGUUGCUUUGGCCUUACUUCAGUGGAUUAUCUAGGCCAUACCAUCUCAAAUCAAGGCGUUGAAAUGGAUAAAUCUAAGAUUCAAGCUGUCAUGGAAUGUCAAGUUCCGUCUUCUCUCAAACAGCUUCGAGGGUUCUUAGGAUUAUCAGGUUAUUACCGUUGUUUUAUUCGCAAUUAUGCUGCCAUUGCCUCACCCCUCACUGAACUUUUAAAAAAAUAUGCUUUCCAUUGGACUCCAGCAGCUACUGAAGCUUUCGACAAACUCAAACAGGCCAUCACACAAGCCCCAGUUUUAUCGUUACCAGAUUUCUGA